GUCGGCGCACGAUCUCUCGGCUUUGUGCGAGGAUCGUUCCCUCCGCGUAGGAUUGUCGCAACGCCUGUAUUCCUCUUCAUACGUCGGACAAUAAAGAUCGCUUGGAUUCCUCGAGCGUUCCUCGGUGACAGAUAACCUCACUGUUGCUGUCGUUUGCUGAACUAUCGCCAAUCGCACGCUGCGGUUUCACGGGCGUUUCAAUCACGACAGCUCCAGGCUGGAUCGGCCGCCGGACAUCUCCCGCUUGCGACAAUUUCGAGCAAUUUUAAGAGGAUGAUCGCUACUACGUGCUGAACAGCGAAACACGAGCGAAAUGGAAUUUGCAUAUUAGCGAGCAGUGUCGUGGGAGAAGCUCGCUCAGUGUUGGACGCAGCAACACUUUUCUCGAAGCGUUUCUCGGAGCAAGAAGUGUCGCGACGAUUACGAGCAGGCAGAUCGGGCGAUGCCAUGCGAUGGAACUGUUCGAUGAAGUCCGAAGCCCGCUGAUUCCGAGAUAACGAAAGUAUGGCAGCGGCGCAGGGCACACCGGAGUCGGAUACCGGGAGUUUCGAGUGUUUCCGAAACUACACGGCGCCGGAGGUGUUCGUGCAAGGCCUAGCUGGCAUUGUCGAUCAGCAGGAUGUGGAGUCCAUGAUACGCGCUCAGAAACAGAUGCUGCAGCGAUUCGAGAAGACCAACGAGAUGUUGACCAACUGCAAUCAGUUGUCGAUAAACAGGCUGAAAACGGCUGGUACCGAGUUCAAGAAGCACACUGCCCUCCUGGUCGAGAUGAAACGAGAUCUGGACUACAUAUUCAAGAGGAUCCGUUUGGUGAAGAACAAACUGAGCCAACAGUAUCCACAGGCGUUCAAUGAGGCGGUGAGGAGCAGCCUGGCGGAGGAAGUCAUCGUGGAGGACGUCGAUUGUCCGGUGAAGCCCCUCGAACCGGAGAUCGUGCCGUUGCCAGCAGCCGCCGCCGAUCGUGAUCCCGAUUCAGAUGCGCGUACGGGCGACAGAGCGGCGAGAGCUUUGUAAAAUCGGCGGAUGCUGCGGCCUCUCCCUCGCCGGAGGAGUGACUUCGUGCUAUUGACAUCCGCUUCUCGUGGUAUCGACAUCCCGGUACAUGCCCGCCCGCGCCGGGAGCACGAUCUCGCGUCACUUCCAGAGAGCGAGAGCGUGCGAGAGAGAAAGAGAGGGAUAGAAUUAGAGGGCCUGAGAGAGAGAGAGAAAAAGAAAGAGAGCGAGAGAGAAUGAGAGAGAGGGUGCAUACGGCGCAGUAGUCCGUCGGGGCGAUCGUCGGCUCUGCGUCGGUGUAAUUUUCGCACUCGCUGCAAAAUUACACCGUGCCGCGGCGUCGAUAAGUCGUAAAUUACGGGCACGUAGGUGGACGAUCGUGUAAAACGCGGCCGCGGUCGGCCCUGCGAUUGACGCCAUCACCGCGCCACCGAAACUUACGGCCAUACGUCGAAUAAAUCGGAAUUAGCGUUUAAUCACGUACGUCCGCUCGAUAUGCGCCCCGCCGUAAUUGGGUCUCGAAAUUUCCCGGUCGCGGAUUGCCGCGAACUCGCACGGACGAGAACUCGUCCUCGACGUUCUGCCCUUACGUAUACUUUCUUUCUCUUUCUCUCUCUCUCUUCACAGUAAUUUCGCCAUUGGGUAUAUCGCACUGCAUUCAACAACACUGCCCAUGGAGUCAAAAUAAAGCCAAAUAUUCUUUUAC